AGUCCUGCCAUACUCCUAACAAUGGUCAUCGCAAUAAUCUUGAAUGUUUUCGGACAUGUUACUAGACCAUGGUGUAAUGCAGUGCUCGGGCUUCUGAACCUCCUGCUGGAGACUACGCUGGGAAAAUCCACCGGUCCCACCAUCCCCUGCGAUAUCCGAACGGUCCAGAAAAAAUUCGAUCUAGAUCCAGUUACUCAGAUUUUCGCUGCUUGCACGAGAUGCUCGUGCACUUACCCGCCC